AAAAACUUGAGUGAGAUUGAAGAAGAAAUAGGUGAAGAUGGGCAAUGAAGAUGAGGUUAAAGUACUUGGCUUUUGGUCCAGCCCAUAUACUCUAAGAGUGUUGAUUGGGCUUGAAGAAAAGGGCAUCAAAUAUGAGUAUGUGGAAGAAGAUUUCAUGUGUAAAAGUCUACUUUUGCUGGAAAUGAAUCCUGUGCAUAAGAAGGUACCUGUUCUUAUUCACAAUGGCAGGCCUGUGAUUGAAUCUUCUAUUAUAUUACAAUAUAUUGAUGAGGUAUGGAGUAAUGGUUCAACUUUCUUACCAUCUGAUUCAUAUGAUCGAGCUAUGGCUCGAUUCUGGGUAGAUUUUAUUGAAAAGAAGAUUUUUAACUCGGGAGGAAGGACCAUAGCAUUAAACAAAGGAGAAGAACAAGAAGAAGGAAAGCGGGAGCUUAUUGAAGGUUAUUUUGGAGGAAAUAAUUUUGGAAUAGUAGAUAUUGCACUUGCCCCACAAAUAUGUUGGUUUCAUGCAUUUGAAAUUAUUGGAAAUUUUAAGAUUAUGGCUGAAGAAAAAUUUCCAAGCAUUUUUGCAUGGAUGAAGAGAUGUAUGGAGAGGGAGAGCAUGAAGAAAGUACUCCCACAACAAGAAAAAGUGCUAACAAUGGUAACUCAACAUAGAAAGUUUCUCUUCGGGGAGGUUUAGUUAAACUUUACUCUAGAAAAGUCUAGUUUUGUAAUGCAUUGAGUUGUGUUAUGCUUUAGUUUGUCAUAGGUGUCAUUAUUUUAGGUGUCAAAGUAUAUUUAUAUAUGUGGUGUUUAAUAGUUUAAUUAAAUAAUUACUAUAAGGAAGUCAAAAUCAAAUGGGUUUAAAUAAUAGUAUUAUUUAAAUAUAGUCUCAGUAAAGACCAUUUUAUUAUUAGGUUGUUGGUUAAGGAAUGGGUGGGAUUAGGUGAAGUGUUCUUUCAAUUUUAUAAA